CAUUCAUUGAAGCAAUUAGAGGUUAAAAAAAAAUCGAUUUCUAUUUCAAUGAAGGAAGAGAUUUUAGAAGCAUUGUCCAACUCCAACUAUAUAAGAUAAGGAUUUCUGAAAAUGUUGCAACAAAUUGCUGAGAAAUUGAAAACCAAUGACAGUGAGCUUACCGGUAGAUAAAAGAAACGGAAGCGUGAUUAACUAUUGAGGAGGAAGGAAAAUAGUAUUUGCGAUAACAACCUCGGAUGGACGGUGAGUGCCGGUGGUGGUGGGUGAACGCCGAUCUACUGCUUACUACUGCUGCUUGCUGUUGGCUGUUGGGUAUCGAUCUACUGCUGCCUGUUGGAUACCGAUUUGCUACUCGAUUUGGAGAGAUGAUGAACACCGAUCUGUUGCCCGAUCUACUACCUUGUGGUUUCUUCUUCGCCAAAAAAAUGAUGGAGACUGAAGAAUGGAGACUAGAGAGUGGAGAAGCAAAGAAGGAGAAUCGAUGGAUAAUGACAACUAGAGAAUGGAUUUUCCGAUUUUGUUUUUUUGGAGAAUGAAAGUGUCAAUGAAAUUAUGAAACCCCAACAGUGGGAAACAGAAAAAAAAAAAGUUGCAGAGUGC